AUGGGUAAAAAAGACAAAAAAACCGCCAAAGGACGUUUGGACAAGUAUUACCACUUAGCCAAAGAACAAGGAUAUCGUUCUCGUUCUGCCUUUAAGCUUAUUCAAUUAAACAAAAAAUAUAGUUUUUUAGAAAAGUCACGAUGUUUGGUAGAUUUAUGUGCUGCUCCUGGAGGAUGGUUACAAGUUGCGAAAAAAUAUAUGCCCGUAUCAAGUUUAAUUAUUGGUGUUGAUCUUGCACCUAUUAAACCGAUUCCAAGUAUUAUAACUUUCCAAGAAGAUAUCACUACUGAUAAAUGUCGAUCUAUAAUUCGAAAUGAGUUAAAAACUUGGAAAGCUGAUGUAGUACUUCAUGAUGGUGCCCCAAAUGUGGGUAUUUCUUGGCUACAAGAUGCUUUCUCCCAAUCAGAAUUGACAUUAAAAGCGUUGAAAUUAGCUGUAGAAUUUUUGAAUCAAGGAGGCACAUUCGUGACUAAAAUUUUUAGAUCAAAGGAUUAUAACAAUUUGAUUUGGGUUUUUAAUCAACUAUUUAAAAAAGUAGAGGCUACAAAACCGGCUUCAUCAAGAAAUGUCUCAGCGGAAAUUUUUGUUGUUUGUCGUGAUUUUCUUGCUCCAAAGAAAAUUGACCCAAAAUUUCUUGAUCCUCGAUCGGUUUUCCAAGAAGUUGAAAUUGGACCUAAAAAUAAAUCUAUUGAUGUUUUAAAUCCAGGAAAAAGAAAACGUUAUAGAGAAGGUUAUGAAGAUGGAAAUUAUACAUUAUAUAAAGAGAUUUCAAUUUUAGAUUUCAUUAAUUCAGAUGAUCCGAUUCAAAUUCUUGGUGAUGUUAAUAAAUUAAAAUUUGAUACUGAGAAAGCUAAAGAGUUAUUAAACCAUGAAUCUACAACUGAAGAAAUAAAAAUAUGUUGUGAUGAUUUAAAAGUUUUGGGUAAAAAAGAAUUUAAAAAUCUUUUGAGAUGGCGAAACAUAGUUAAAGAAAAGAAACAGGAUCAAUCAAUAGAAAAUAAUUCAACCAAAGAUGAUGAAAAAGUUGAUGAAGAUCAAAUAAUUCAAGAUGAGCUUGAUGAACUCACUAAGGAAAAGCAAGCCCAACAAAAACGAGUUCGUCGAAAAACAAAUGAAAAGCGACAGAAAAAUGUUGUUCGAAUGCAGCUAAAGAUGAUUUCCCCCACUGAUAUCGCAUUAGAGAGUUCAGGACCUGAUGGUGGUGACCCAUUAUUUGAUUUAAAACAAGUGUUAAGAAAAAUACGCAAAGGAAAUAUGGACAUUGUUCUUGAUCAAGAAAAUGAUAAUGAUGACAUUAUGAUUGAAGAUCAAAAUUUGUUAAAAGAUCAGUAUGAAGUUUCGGAAGAUAAUGAUGACGUUCAGUUGGAAAAAGAAUUAGAUGAGCUCUAUGAGCAAUAUGUAGAGCGUAGAGCAGAACGUGACGCAAAAUACAAAGUGAAGAAAACACGAGAGGAAUAUGAAGAUUGGAAUGAUAUUCAAAAAUCUGAAAGUAGUGAUGACAAUGAUAAUAUAACCAUGGAAUCUGUGCAUUCACAAGAUGAUAGUUAUUCAUCAUCUAGCGAUAGUAAUUCUGAAUUAGAAAAUGAGACAUCUAACAAACUUAAAAGUGAGCCACCUAAAAAAAAGAAAAAAUUAUUGACAAAUUUAAGCGAUGAUGAUAGUAAAGUUCAAAAGGUUGGCGGUUUGAGUAAGAAGGCUACAUUAUUCUUUGAUAAUCCAUUAUUUAAAGAUGUAUUGAAAAAUUAUGAUAAUGAAAACCAUAAAACAAAUCAAUCCGAUGAAGAAGAAUUCAUAAAAAAUGAAAAAUUUAAUGAAAAAUCCGAUAAAAGUAAUGAUGAUUCUGAUUUGAAUUUGGAAGAUAAUUCUGAUUUGAAUUCGGAUGAUGAUUCUAAUUUGAAUUUGGAAGAUGAUUCUAAUUUGAAUUUGGAAGAUGAUUCUGAUCUGAAUUCGGAAGAUGAUUCUGAUCUGAAUUUAGAAAAUGAAACAAAUAGUGACGUCUUUGAUGUCAAAGAUAAAGUAACCGAGCUUAAUGGUCAUUUUUUAAAGCGCAAAGCUGAUGAUAUUGGAGAUGGUAUAAAUGAUAAUAUAGAAAUAGUUCCUCAAGACAAAGAUAACGAUAAGGAAAUGUGGGAUGCCAAUGAAUUCGACGAUGAUGAGAAAAGAAUGAAGAGAGUAAAAGAAAUUGGGUUGACCACUGCAGAAGCGAUAACUUUAGCGCAACAACUUGUAAAUCGACAAAAAACAAAAUAUGAUCUCAUAGAUGAAGGUUUCCAUCGAACCACGUAUAAUGAUAGGGAAGGAUUACCUGAAUGGUUUCUAGAUGACGAAAAGCAACAUAACAAAUUGAACAUGCCGGUGACUAAAGAAGCUGUGCAGGCAAUCAGGGAGCGGAUGAAAGCUUUAAAUGCCCGGCCAAUUAAAAAAGUUGCAGAAGCUAAAGCUCGGAAAAAGAUAAGGGCCGUGAGGAAACUUAAUAAACUCCAAAAGAAAACAGAUGCAAUAAUGGAUUCUGCUGACAUGACUGAGAAAGAAAAAGUUAAUACGAUUUCAAAAAUGGUGAGUAAGACUCAGAAUAAGACCAAAAAAGAAGUGAAGCUGGUUGUUGCCAAAGGCCCUAUCAAAGGUAAAAAAGGCCGUCCGAAGGGUGUUAAAGGAAGAUACAAGAUGGUAGAUUCACGACUGAAAAAGGACGCUCGGGCUAUAAAAAGAGUCAAUCAGAAAGGUGGUUCAAGAAAAAGGCAAAAAAGGAGAUGA